GCACUUCAAGACUUGACUAGACAAGUAGAAGAUCUAGAUAGAUUGAAAACAGACUAUUAUAGGCAAACAUUGGAUACAGAACAAAAUAACCUCAAUUUUAUUCUUUCUAAAGUUUCAACAGUAGUUAGGGCAGAAGUAGAUAUUUAUGAAAGAAUUUCCAGUAAGGGAGUUGCAGAUCCAAUAUUAGAAGAAAUGACAACACAAGGACCUGAUCCUUUUUGUGCAUAUCAGAAUGCAGAUGAACCUUCAGAGAUAUUCACAGUUCUUCCACCAAUUUCAAUUGUUAAUCCAAUUACAGAAUUCUCUAGUGCAACAGCAUCAUUAAUAACGGAUAUGUCUGUCGAGGACAAUUAUAGUAAAGGCGAUCAACAACCAUUAACAAAAAAGUUGGAUGAACAAGAUGAAGAUGAUUUAAACAAUGAUGAUGAAAUACCUCGUGAUGAAUCUUUACAUAAUGAGAACCCUCACGGUGAAGAGAAUGAACAAUUUAACAUUUGGUCAGACAUACCUUCAUUAGGUUGUUAUUUCAAUCCUUCUCUCAACUCCACUUUUAAUAUUUCAGAUGGUGCCGAAAUAUUACAUGAUAAAGAGUUUACAUAUGAAGCGGAAGAUUGUGGGUCUGAGGGUGAAUUCGUAAACAAUUAUCCUAAGCGUGAAAACACGAUUGAUACACAAAAUUUGGAAUUUUCACGAACAGAUGAUGAAUCCACAUUAUCAAAUACUAAUUCAGCAUAA